AUGUCCGCGCAACAAUUUCCUUCUUCUCCCUCCCCUUCCCCAACAUUAUUUACUAGCACAUCCUUGCCAAUCCUAUGCCUCAUUGAUUGGCACUCGCCAAAGUGCCGAGAACAGCAUUAUCAAAUUCCUGCUCCUAAAUUUGCCUCGGCACAAUUUUUGCCUUUAAGUGAAUCAAAUGAAGACGAUAAUGAUUAUUUAAAUAAGGAAAAUGGCUUCUUCACUCCAAUCAUCUCAAAAUCGCUCAAUUGGGAAGCACAAAGGAUUACUAGUACCAUUGCAACUACAUCUCCAACAUCUCCGCCAACAUUCCAAACAUCUCCACCAACUAAACCAACAUCUGUAUACUCAACUAAAUCAUUUUCAAGUCCCUCUACCUCAACAAUAACUUCAACUACAACAGCUAGAAAGCGGCCUCAUUCAUGGACUCGACCCAAAACUAAAUUGGAACAUUUUACUUUUGCACCUACUCCAAAGCCUUCAACUAGCACCACAACUAGAAAAACUUUAGCUCCUCGCUUUCCUGUUGAUCCUAAUGAUCCGACUUUGUAUGCCGUUAGACCAACGACACCAAUGAACGGAGCUUCUCAAUACGGAAAUACUCCUACUGUAUGUUAA